CCGCCGGGGCAGGUGCGGGCGCGGGCCGCGGGCCGCGGGCGAGGGGAGUUCCGCACCCGCCCCUGCGCCCGCCCCUCUCGCCCGCGGCUCCUCCUCGCUUCGCCAUGGUGGAGCGGGGCGACGCGGCGCCGCUGCUGCGCUGGGCCGAGGGCCCCGCCGUCUCCCCGCCGCAGGCCCCGGAGCUGCAGGCUGGAGGCCGGGGCUGGGGCGGGGGCGGCCGGGGGGCCGCGGAGCCGCCGAGGAGGCGGGAGCCCGAGGAGCUGGGCGCCUCCGAGGUGCUGCUGCAGCCCGGGCGCCUGGAGCUGGGCGACGUGGAGGAGGACCAAGUGGUGGCCGUGUUCGUGGUCACCUUCGAUCCCCGCUCGGGAAACAUGGUGGAAUGGUGUUUACCUCAAGAUAUUGACCUUGAAGGUGUUGAGUUCAAGUCUAUGGCCAGUGGGUCGCAUAAAAUCCAGUCUGAUUUCAUCUAUUUCCGGAAGGGCCCCUUCUUCGGCCUGGCCUGCUUCGCCAACAUGCCGGUGGAGAGCGAGCUGGAGCGCGGAGCACGCAUGAAGUCCGUGGGCAUCCUGUCUCCGUCCUACACCCUGCUUUACCGGUACAUGCACUUCUUGGAGAACCAGGUUCGACACCAACUGGAGAUGCCAGGACAUUACUCCCAUCUGGCUGCCUUCUACGAGGACAAGAAAGGGGUGCUCCAUGCUGGUCCUGGGAGGGGCGGCAGCCUGCCCCCCGUCUACUGGCUGCCUUCCAUCCACCGGUACAUGUACCCAGAGAUGAAGAUCACACACCCAGCUGGCUGCAUGUCUCAGUUUAUUAAGUUCUUUGGAGAACAGAUCCUCAUUCUUUGGAAAUUUGCCUUACUUAGAAAGCGCAUUCUGAUAUUUUCUCCCCCUCCUGUGGGUGUCGUGUGCUAUCGAGUAUACUGCUGCUGCUGCCUGGCCAACGUCUCCCUGCCCGGCCUCGGGGGCACCAUUCCCGAGUCCAAGCCUUUCUUCUAUGUGAACGUGGCUGACAUCGAGAGCCUGGAGGUAGAGGUGUCCUAUGUGGCCUGCACCACGGAGAAGAUUUUCGAGGAGAAGCGGGAGCUGUACGAUGUCUACGUGGACAACCAGAAUGUGAAGACACACCACGACCACCUGCAGCCCCUGCUGAAGAUCAACAGCGCCGACCGGGAGAAGUACCGGCGGCUCAACGAGCAGAGGCAGACGCUGCUGUACUCCCAGGAGGUGGAGGGGGACUACGGCCCAUGUGAAGAGGACCUCUUUGUGCUGUUUUUCCUCGAGCAAAACAACCGGAUAUUCCAGACGCUGCUGGAGGUGUCCGCCAGUCAGGACAAAACUCUGACAGCCGAGCACGCGCGGGGCAUGGGCCUGGACCCCCAGGGCGACCGCAGCUUCCUCAUGGACCUGCUGGAGGCCUACGGCAUCGACGUCAUGUUGGUCAUCGACAACCCCUGCUGCCCAUAGGGGAGCCGGGCUGGUGAGCUGCUCGCGGGACUCCGCCAGGCCCCCGAGGGCUCACUUUUUAUUAAGUGGACACAAAGGGAUAUUGUUUAUACUUUCCAACCGAUGUAAUUUUUGCAAUCGCCGUUCUUCCCUUGCUCUGGAGAGGGGAGAUGAGACUGCCGUGGUCUGUGUGCUGCUUCGGCAGGACGCUGGAGUCUGCCGCCUUCUCCCAGAGUUGCUGCCUGCUUUGGUCUCGGGUGUUCUCAUCAGCGCUGACUCUCUCCCCUCCUUGUUGAAUGCCCUGAGAUGCGGCAAAGGCCAAGUGUCGCUAGGAGGGGGCUGAUCUUUGGAGACACAGGUGGACUGUUCCGGAACUCUGUGUGGCCUGGGGCCCGCGAUGGAUUCAAGGAUGAGACCACGUCUUCCCUAAGUGUGGUCGUGGGUGUCCCCCGUGGUGGAAGCUAGACCAGGUGACCUUUCAAGGUCAUCAGUUCUGAGAGUCCAGGCUGGGGGUCAGAUCCAUUUUCCUGUUCAUUAGGACAAAUCUGUGUCUUCCUGUGAGCAGAGAUCUGAGUGAGACAGAAGGAUGUUUCCGACCCCAAGUACGAGCUUCUCCUGGGACCGGGCGACGGGGAGAGGCUCCUUGUCAGUCAGCCUAGACUCCUCCCAGUUCUUGGCGGCCACUCAGUGCAGUAGUCCUCCUCCUCAGAAUCCCUCUCGGGAUGGGUUGGCAAAUCCAUUUUCCAAUUCAGUCUCCUUUAAGGGCUACCCAUCCUCUUGGAAUAAUUUGGGUAUUUUUAAAGAGUAGCAUUUGUUGCCCAAAGAUGGAGGAAUUGAGGUGCAGGAUAGAUGAUGUUCCUUCAUCCGGGUGAGCCCUCCGGAGGCGUGACCAGGAGCCUCGGAUCAAAGCAGAGCCUCCCUGGCUUCUGUAAUCCAGCCGGGAUCCGAGCUGGUUAACACCGAGCUGAGAGCACAUUAGCAAGACGGUGGGCUGGCAUGGAGCCUCAGAGCUCCUCCUGCAGAGAGGAUGUUCCUUGAGCUAAGUAACUGGGGACAGGGACCUAUCUGGUUUGUUAGCAAAUAUGACAGUGCCUUUCCCGGGAGAGCGUUCGGGAACCCAAGUAUCAGGUGAGUUUCUGCUUUCCUCUCAGAGGUUUCGGUCCGGACAGCUCCCAUUGGUCCCUGCCUGUUCGCUUUGGCUGGGCGUUCGAUGGAUGGAUGUCAGCUUCGGUGAGGUAGCGAUUGUGACAUAGGAAGCCGGCUCCUGUGAGUAGUCUUAGGGCUGUAAUUUAGGAUUUUGACUUAAGGAAAUAAUUCCUUCCCCUACCCCCUUCCUGCCUGGCUGUUACCGGAAUAGCCAUCAGUGUGUCGUGUCUGUGGCCAGGCUGAUGCACACAGCAGAGAGAAAUAACCUUCCAAUGGGUGAGUCGCAUGACUGAGCUGUUUUCACUGUGGCUCCUUCCGAAGGAAUUCAAGGCCUCAGAAAUGCACACGUGGGAACGCCAACAGGCAUCGAGUCAUCAAGGCAGUGCCUUUUCUGUAAACAUGUAAAUAAGCGUGGGCAUUGAAAUGUAGACUGUGCAGUACAUUUCUCUCCCUGCAGUCAUGUCAAUAGUAUGUGUGUUUAUAGAAGAAACAUCCGUGUGCAAGCGGGAGCUGCCCUGCCGUUUUCCUAGAGGAGCGCCCUCUCAGCUCGGGGCGGCCUGGUUACUGUCACCAGGCCGAGUCCUGGUUACUGUCGGUGGUGUGCAGAAGGUUCAGGGGUGCAAAGCUGGGGGUGGGUGGCUGGAGCAGGGGUGGGGGUGGAAGGGCAGGGCAGAUUCCCGUGGAGGACAUGGGCAGACGCUGUUUCCGGGGAACUGGGGAGUGUGUUGGAAGAAUGCCUUUUUAGCACUUCGGCUCCAGUCUGUGCAUGCGAACAUUUGUGUCUGUGAUCUUAUAAACUCGGAGCUCGGAAGUGCUGAGGUACAGGUGGUGGGGUGAAAAUGAGGCUCCUGGAGUUCCCUUUGAAUGGUGGGUCAGGGGCUCUGGGCUUCGCUCAACUCCACUGCUGUGGGCAGCCAUCUGUCUGGCAUGUCCGUGCGUCCACCCUUAUGCCAUGCAGGGGUCUGGGGUCUGGGUGCCCCAGUGGGGAACACACACAAGGCUGUGCCAUGUCUUAGGUCAUGGGGAACCUGGCCCCAGCUGACCCCAAAGCGGAACUUGUCUGUCCCCUCCCUGCUGGCCUUCCCCGCCCUGCAGCUUCCUCAUGGGACUAGAAAGGUGGUGUGGUGCCACCUCUGCUUGGCUGACCAGCGUGCACACUGGCUCUGUAUUCCCUUUGUCUCGGUUUGUCAUCUCCUGAGCAUUUCUUGCUUCAAUUGAGAUGUGGAGGUUCCCCUUUGAAAGCUUGCUGUGGACCUGUCAUCCCCCUGCCUCCUCCCCACUGUCUCGCGUGGGCAGCCCAGCCCAGCAUGAUUCGCUGCCUGUUUCCUAGAAGGGGAAUGAGUUUGUGAGGUCUGAGGCAGGAAUCCUUGGGUGGCGGCGGCAGAAGCUGGAAGCCACCUGGGUUUGGUUUUCUGUCCCUGUUGAAAUACUGAGAAACCAUCACUUUUGUUUGGAAGAUGUUGGUGAGCAUCCUUUGAGGCCCUGCCUUCCUGGUCUGUAAUUUGUGGGGUCGGGGGGGUGGGGGGUCAGGGAUGCCUAUCGAGACCACUGACCUGGAACCUGUUGGAAACCUAAUCUGGGGUGUGACCCCUUGACUGAGGGCUGUUGCUGGAGCAGGCCCUUCCUGCCCCCACUGGCCGGGUUCCUUGGGCAACUUUCAGCCUGAGCUUGUGUCGUGCUGGGAGCCGGGAACCAUCCUGGGAACUGCUGACCGGAGAUUCCUGGGCUGCGCUGACAUCCUGAGGUCGCGUUGGAAGAAACUCCAGGUUGCGAGAAUCCUGGUGAGGCCUAAUCCAGGCGUGGGGGUGACUGAUGUUAAAGUGGGUUUUUCCAGUUUGCAGGCUUGGCAGAUGGCAGUAGUCAGCCUUUGCCACCAUGUCCAGUUGUCCUCUAGCUCGGGACUGCCUUUGGAAGGAGUCAGAAAUGGUCGGGCUUAUCGCCUACCAAUUGAAAAGUCUGGGCCACGUUGUUUGAGAAUUUGCUUUGGCUUUCGUGGAGCAUGACGUUCUGCCCAGUUGGGGCCCGGGCCCUCAGUAAAUUGUGACUCCAUGAGUCAGGAGGCAUGUGCUUCCCAAAUCCUUCAUCCAUGCGACACCUCUUCUUGCAGUUGGCUGGGGCAGGGAAGCCGAAUUCAUGGAUGUAUUUAUUGGUGGAAAUAAGCUAGCAUAGGAAUUUGCAUCUAUAACUUGACCUUGUUUGGUUCCAUGUGAAAGUCGAGAUGGGGGAUUUAAGUGUAGCACGGGGAGUAGGUAAUUCUAAAUACCGUGUGUGAAGAUUCCUUUAUCAGUGUAACGGCCUGUGAUAUUUUAGCUAGAGGAUGAAGACAAAGCUCAGUUAAAUCACAGCUGAAUCACUGUUUCUCCUGCUGGCGGCGAGGAGGAGGAGCCAGCUAUUUGUCUUGAUACAUCGAGAGCCCUUCAGGCACAAAUAAAAGAGAUUAUUCACCUUUAAACUGAGGCCUUUAGGGAAACUUUUGCAAAGGGCAGUAACAAAUUAACCUUUUAAUGGUGGUAUAGGAGCCCUCCAGGGAAGAGGCCGGAACCGGACCUCAGGGACCUUUUUUUUUUUUUUCUGGUGUGUUUUUUAUGAAACAACAGGCCCAGGGAAUGGACUAAGAUGCUUUCUCCAGGCAUCUCUCAGAGCAGCUCAUUCCUGCAGAAGUACAGGAGGGGAGGAAAUCAUAAGACAGUGUUCUGAUUGGCAGUGAACUUGUCUUAGUGUGAUGACAGCAAGAAAGUUAAUCUGGGGACCAACACGCAUGCACAGCUUGAUCUCCGUUAGGUUCCUCGCUAGUGGGCGGAGGAUCCAAGGAAAGUCCAGUCCCGGGCUUUCCCCUGCUCUGCUCAGCUCCACCAUGUCCUGCAGCCAGUGAGGAUCCUGCAGACCCAGAUGCUUAUAUCCGCAGCCCCCCCCCCCACCCCCCCCCCCCCCCCCCCCCGCAUUUCAGGAAAACCGUUUUCUGAUUCAGGUAGCAGAAGAGGAGGAGUUAAGAGCUCCUUUUACUCCCAAGUUGUGGAUUUUUAAUAUUCCAUUGUGUUACUAAUAUACCUCUGUUCCCAGGAGCCAGUGGAGUACUGAGUAUUAUGGGGAAAGGCUAACUGUGAAUUAAGUUAAUGUUUUUUCUUAUAAGAAAUGGAAGUUUAUUUUUAUAUCAAUAUUACUGUGUGAUGAAAUGAGUAUGCAGAUGUUAGAAUGGAAGGAAAUUUCCAAACUGUAAUCCUAGAAGAAAUGGGCAGUUUGGGAAUUUAGAAGCAACUGAGACCCCAUAAAAGUUUUAUGACUUUAGAUGUUUUGGAGAGUGAACAAGGACUGUGAAAUCUUUUUCUUAUACAUAUGUUUUUAUUCAUUUUAGAGAGAGAAGGGAGAGGAAUAGAGAAACAUUGACCUGCCUCCUUGCAUGCCCACUAGUGGGCAUGUGCCCUGACCAGGAAUUGAACCUGUGACCUCUUGGUUCAUGGAUUGAUGCCCAACCGCUGGGCCACCCUGGCUGGGCAGGGCUGUGAAAUCUAGUCGCACUCUGUAGGAGACAGACCUGACAGUCCUAGGGAGGGUGACGUAGAGCCCCCAACCUAAAGUAAAACUCUCGUACAAAGGGGGGAAAUGGAAUAAUGCUGAUUAGGCCUCUUGACUGUGGGAGGCAGUUUUAUAACUGGCACUUUAACUCACGUUUGGAGCUGGAGAACAGGGGCAGCUGGAUGAAGCUGCACAUUAAGAAAGGAAAUCAGCAUUUUCUAAUGCCGUAUAAGUAAUGAUGGGGAAGCAAAGCUCUGCUUUCAUUUCUUCCGUUUAUUAUAGAAGCUCAGCAUAGCAUGGGCUUCCAGAGGCAGUAGGCCCUACGUUCAGAAACUUGAAUUACUUAAUGGGAGGUCAGUGUGAAUCACCUGUUUGCGGUGGAAAGCCCAGUUAGACCGAAGAUCAGUUUGCUUUGCUUUCUAAGGAUAGCUGGGAAGGCGGGGCAGGGUAUUACAGAUUGGCCAGAGAUGAUCCAAAAAAGGACAAAUCUACACAGAGGUCACUGAGUUAGUUGAUUGCUAAUUUGACAUUCGAGUGAAAACUUCCUCUGGGCAAAUUAAGCAAAGAUAAAAGUAUAAACAUACUUUUGAAGUGGCAUCAGGAAACAAGUUUCAGUCUAGCGUGCUUAGGAAGACCACAGUGAGGGGAGGUGUAGACUCUGAGCUGUCAGACAGGGUGGGAGGGGCCGUUAGGGGUAUAGAGUAGAAAACAAAGGUAAACAUCCUUUAUUUACCCCAAGCGUGGGGGCUAAACUUUUUGUGGGUCUGAGAAAUAAACCUUUUCUGAAAAAGUUGUAGCUUUGGAAAAGAUUUUCCUAUUUUUCCCAAGUUAGGAAAAGCAUAGUGUCCCUUGUCACCUUAAAUGUCCAGCCCCUAUUUUGAUUAACACCCCAGUAUAAGAGUUAUAGCAAUAAGAGGAACUGAGUCUACUUUUGUUUCAAAUCUUUACCUCAUCUUAUGACAUCAGUACGUCAGUUGAUAAAUUUUACCCUGAGUACUACUGCUUAUAGGUAUGUUAUUCUUGCUCUGUUUUCAAUGGUGAUAAUUUUAAAGGCCCAGAGAAAGUUAGGAUUAUCCUGAAUUUCAAAGUGUUUCUUGAAUUGAUUUUGUUCUGUGGUACAAAUAACAUCUGUGUAUAUCAUAUCUGUAUAUAUCUGAACCAAGUUGUGUGUAGAGAGGCUGAUAUAACUAUAUUUACAGAAAAUAAUUUUUACAAUUAAAAUUCACAUUUUAACAUGAACACGUGUGCACAGUCCUUUACCUUGUCCAAGAAAUGUGUCUGUAAUAGGGAGUGACGGCCCAAUGCAAGAGCAGAACCCACGGCUGCACGCUGACCUCACUUCCCGCGACAGUGUGGGAAACCCGAGAGCUGGGGCCUGUCCUCCUGGAGGCCAAGGACAGACAUUCUCCAGGUAAAGGGAACCAAAGCCGGAAUAACUGCCAUCCGGAGGAGCCAGGACCUCGAACCCCAAUCCCAUCAGAUGACUUCUAGCCGAGGACACCACAGCGACCACAGCCCUUCCGUUUCACGUCUCCUCCCACCAAAGCAUCUCCUCCCCUCCAUGGGCAGUGAGUACGUGAUCCUCACUCUGCUUAUUCGGACCCACCUGUUACUUUUUUUUGUGUGUGACAGAAGCACAGUUUUAAACACCUCUCUGAAGUCAUAGGUAAGCCUUGUUCUCUGUGCUCUUCUCACAUCAGCUUUUCGUAGCUGCUUUAUAAAGCAGGGGUGAGGGAGGUCCGGCCCAGCCAAGGUAAUCGUAGGCGGGACUAGAAAUUCAAUAAAUCUAGGAGCUUCUUUUCAUAGCAAUUAUACUUUUUAAGCUGAUAAUUGUGCAUGGCCCCUGAAUGAGGUUAUAAAUAUCCAAAUGGCCUUGGCAGAAAUAAGGUCCCCAGCCCUGCUUUAAAGCAUCAGACAGCAAGGGGCUCACAGCAUACAUGCUGCCCUGAAGCUGAUUAAGGCUGCCAGUCCCCCUCCCACUUUAUAAAAGAAGGCAGCUUCGCAUCCAUCUUACUGAGGUGCUUUGCCCUCUAGAGUACAAACCUUAGGGGCACUGAACAAGGGUGAUGGUGAGAUUAAAAGCACAGGAAGAUGACUGGCUAACAAAUCCUUAGCAGGCCAGGAGUUUUUAAUUCUCUACUUUCAGUCAACUAAAGGGAGAUCUCGUCAAGCUGUUAACAGAUCACUGAUUUUUGACAUAUAACAGUGUUAUACAGCUCUUCAAAUUCAUUUGAUGUGCUUAAAUCUAUAAAAAACGGAACAAGGAAUAUAGUGUUCAUUCCUAUUCCAUUUUAGCUGCAAAUGUGUUAUUGGAUAAAGAACAUUCUAAUAAAAUUAGUUAAAUCUUAAAAUUAGUUAAUUUUUAAUUAUCAAAUUCUUUUAUCAAUUUUAUAAAUAUAACAUUUAUUCUGUACUGAGUUAACACUUAAGAACUAAAAAACUCAAGAUUAAAAAUAGAUUGCAUUAUGAUAGCAUUCUUUGCUGAAAUAGUAUGGAAAUAUACAAGGAGAAAAAAAUUUAAAAUUUUCAACUAAUAUUGUAUUUUUUUGUAAAUGGAUGGAUAUGUUUAAAAGAGUGAAGUAAUGGAAUUUAUUUCAAAAUAUCAAUAUUUACAGGACAGCAGAAAGUACAUGCUUUGGCAACUUCCCAUGAAAAAUUUUAGAUGUCAACUUAAAGUGGGACGGGACACCUGGUUUUGGAAAAACCUCUAGGAAGUACACGGCUUUACAACACUGUCCAGGUUUUUCAUUCGCACCCUGAAAAUUGGACAAGUGGACUGACAAACUGCAGUGAUGCUGUGAAGUCUGUCACAAUGAGAAAGACUUUACCACAUUCAUCUGAGCCUCAGAAACACUCUUGAGAUAGAGGUGAUUCUAUUACUCCAGUCCACACACAGGGAAAAGGAUUCAGAGAGGUAGGGAUUUGUCCAAAACAUGAGGCCAGAAAGUGGCCAAAUCCAGCAGUUCCAACCCAAAAGCUGAAAUUCCAGACACUGUGUGCCAUGCUACACUGAGUUCUUUCAUUUCAACUGAAAGGCAAAGACUGUUCCCAUCCUCCAAUCUUUCCAAAAUGAACAGGGAAGGCCAGAGAGAAAGGAGCACUAGACAUAUCCACCCCAUGAAACAAAGAAUGCUGUGACUCCCAAACAAAUCCUGCGCAGGGUCUCUAUCUUAGACUUCAUGGGCAACCUGAACACGUUACCAGACAAACGACUUCAGCCUCAUUGCCUCCAAACCAGUCCACCUAUCUACAGUUAUGAAAUCGCAAUCCACUUACCCUAUAGUGAUGAAGUCUCCUUUGCUGACACUGUCGGGUUCAAUGCAGAUGUUCAUAAAGUCUUCUGUGCUCUGAAAGAUUAAGAUAGACAUCAAUACUCUGAAUUCUGGCUGAUGCGGCCUGCUGCCAUCCUUAAGCCCUGCAGGCUCAUAUUUUGAUGCUGUGUAUGAAGGGGGGUAGGGGGACUCAAUCCUGAAUAUGUUUUGGUUCUUUUUCUGUUUAUAUUAAGACCUUUAUUGUGAUAUAAUUUACAUACCAUAAAAUUCAUCUCUACUGUUUGUUUUUUGCAACAUAUACAAGAUAAAUAAAAACUCAGAUUUGGA